CGGCCGUGCGCGGCGCGGCCCUGCAACGCGCGCGGCGCCUGCACCGAGCGCGACGGCUCCUUCCUCUGCCAGUGUAACCCUUCUUGGAAGGGGAAGAGAUGCGAAAUCCCGAACCCAACACCAAACAUAAUUGGUCUCGGGCAGCGCAUGCUACAAGAGCCGUUCUGGCUGGGCCUCAUCGCGGUGUUCGUGGUGCUGGGCAUCAUCGGCCUGGUGUGGUGUGCCAAGCGCCACUUCCCGGAGAAGAUCGAGAAACUCCUCGCGGAGGAGGCGGACCGGUGCGCUCGACGAACACCAUCGCCGCGUAAAAAAAGGAAUAAUUCGACGCCGACGAAGAAGAAUGCCGCGGAGAAGAAGCAAAUUCUACAACAAUUGAUAAGUCCGGCGACCGCUAAUGACCAUUCAAAGAAGAUUACGAUGGGAGAGUUGAUACAGAUGUCAGAGAAACGGACUUUGAGCACGGUCGAGAGCGCUCCCGCGUUUGUGGACUAUGGUAUUGAGAAUAAGGAAACUUCGUUCGCGAGUGAAGCUUCCACGCCUUCCACUUCGCCCUCAAUGAGGCAUAUAUCAGACCCUAAGUUAGAGAAGAAGGUUACAUUUGCAAGGCUACUGAAUAAGGUUUCUGCUGAAAUGAGUUCUAGCUCUGAUGUGGACAUGGUGAACACGAUAGCAAUUCCCAUGGCUGUUAUAGCUGAUAGAGGCAUGAGGGCCAAGGCAUCUAGUACUCCGCCCUCGCCGGGAGUAGAAGUCAGGUCACCGCAUAGCACGUCAAGCAAUCAAGGAAGCGAUUCCAUGUCUAGUCUAGACUUGACUUUAGCGAAUGCUGCUCUGAAGAAGUACUCCAGAACCCCAAAGAUAUCGAGCGCGGACUCGAUCCUGGCGAUGUUCCGGACCUUCUCGACGUCAUCAGCUGCCAUGGUGUCCAGGGCGUCGUCGGGUGGCGUGUCGGCUUCGAGCACCCCUUCGGCUUCAUCUCCUCAAGACGACACGGUGGAUGCAGACGACAUAUCCCUAGCCUCGUCGCAUAUACCGUCGUUGGCUCCGGAUUCGCCGGUCACUCGACCUCACAAUACUAUUGAGAUUCAGGUCUUGGACCCACUUAGCGCGCAUAAAUCCUCGUCAUCUGGCAGUAACCUACUCCAUCCACCUUCCAUCCUUCUCGAAGUGCCCAGCAGCAUCAACAAAUGUUUAUCACCAAUACGCGAACUUCCCACGCCAUUACCAACACCUUUACCAACUCCCCUCCCUACUCCAUUGCCUUCCCCUCGAAUGCCCCGCGCUAACAUGGAGGUGGACAAUAAAAGCGAGUCAACAGGUACCUGUGUGUCUCCAAGCGAAGACGAGUUAGACGAGAUAAAGUACUGCGAGAAGCCGGAGAGAUCUACUGCUGGCCUUCGGUUGAAGCUCCGGCAGCCAGCUAUCAGCACCGACACCCCAACUCCGUCCACCCAGGUCACUGACUCACCGAGCCCUAGUUUCACCCACAGUCAGGACUCGGAACGAGAAAUGUCAUCCCCAUCUCCCGCGCCGCCCUCUCUUAGAGUUCCUGUACUGACAAUCGAGCGACCUUCCCCAGGAUCCCCUCCUCCACGUCGAACACCUCCUCACUUAGAAUUCCAACCUCCGCCCCUAAUUACAGUUACUUACAACGCUAGUGAGGAGUCAGAUGAGCCAAUGUCUCCAAGACCUCCACCGCCAAGUGGGAACAUGUGUUAUUUGAGUCCAUUUUCGAUGUCAGCACGAGGUGAAAGAGCUCCUUCAGAAUCAAAUCUAUCUUCUUCCGGGUACAGCUCUAUGGCAAGCCCAGGACCGUCGAGAUGCGGUUCGAGCAAUCCAUUAUGCCCCUCAGAAAUGGAAGACCCGGGCUCCGGAGGCGGGCCUUCUUGUUUUCAAAGAAGACGACCGUUAAUGAAGACUAACUCGAGUCCAGCCGCGUCCAAUGACGAUUCGAAAGAAAGAAGAAGAGGAAGAUCAGAUUCUGAAACUUUAUCUGAUGAUCCUCUUCUAGAAUCAAACGAUGAAGGAAUCGGCACGGACGAAAGAGUAGACGACGUCCCGACCAGUGCUAAAGAAAUGGAACUAGUUGCCUUGAAAGAAACAUUAGAAGUGCCGCAAACGACACUGUGCUCCCCCAUUGGUGUGACAAAGUGUUCAAUAGUGAAGUGUAUUAGUGUAGAAAGGGGGUUGGACGAAAAGGCUUGUUUGCGACCUCCCACCUUAUUAUCGGAGGGCAGUAGACCUCUCAGCCCCGUGAGUUCGCGGAGUGAAAGUCCUCUGAGCGACAAAACCGGUUUAGGUCGGUUUUCUCCGCAAUUUUACGGUCGGCAGUUGCCGUUUACGGACUCUGACGGGUUGUACGACUUCCCCAGCUCGGAGUGUGUUAAGGGCAACAGUUGUAAGGCAGGGGGUGGCGCGCAGAAGAAGAGCGGGCGGCGGAGAGACCGGCGCACGCCGCGCACCGCCUCGCACGAGGUGUCCGGCACCGCCAAGUCCACGCUGCCGCACAUGCCGCACUCCAUGCAUAACUUGUUGGAAGUGCCAGGUAGUCGCGACGCGUCAGGUCGGUGCAGGAAGGGUGGACGGCGGCGGUCUCGCUCGCAAGCACCUGCGCCGCCUUCCUCCUCCUCCUCAGAGGACUCCAUCUCCAACGCCUCUGUCGCGUCCGUCGCCUCCGCCAGGGAACUCAGACUCCCAGACCUAGAGUUACAGGACACCUCUUCGAAAAUAUCAUCGAGUUUAGACCUGACAGAGGAUUCCCGGAAACCGGUUAAAGUUAGCAAAUUAAGGACGAUUGGCAACCAAAUAAGGUUUCUACGACGUUUAGAACGCAGUUUGAAAAUGAAGGAAAACUAUCCGGCGCUGACAGACGACGAGGGCGACGAGUCUUCAAGUGUCACCUCACCUCUCCUCCAGGGCAGGAAAGACCUGAGUCGCCUACCCAGUCACGCGAUAUCCGCCCCUCUUCUCAGUGCUGUACGGCCCAAAAUAACCAGGCAGAGACGUUACGACAGGUCGUUAAUAAGUGAAGACACAAGGACUUUGAACACUGCCGUCGGGCAAGAUAAUUCGGAUUGAAAUUGAUCAGUGAAUGGUUAUUGUGCCGUCAUAAUUUCAAACGUCAAAUGUCCUUUAUAUCCUGUGGAUGUUAGAAUCCAAGAUGGGGUAGCGACGUUUCAAUAUUGUUCAUUCUUCUAAAGGUCUGGAUUUUGACAGCUGUCAAGUUGACACAAGUAUACAAGAUUCUAAUGUAAUGUGAUAUAAUUAACUAAGUAACACGAAACAGUAGACGUUAUAGAGUUUUCAAUUAAUGUUAAUAUGUUGGUUAGGUAUGUAUGUAAUAUAACGAAUUCUUUAUAAUUUUCCUUAUUUCCAUUUUGAUGUCUCAGGCUAAUAAUGGACGCUUGUUGUAAAUAAUUUCCUCGAUAGCAAUAACCUACUUAUUUGUAGACAUUUUGUAGAAUUAUAUAUUUUAAUAUAAGUAAUGUUAAGCAUGUACGUAAAUAAAGUAGACACUUGCUGUACUAACAUCGUAUCGUUUACGUUUUUUUAUUUCCCAUAUUUCGUCUAAUUUCGCUUCCUGUUCAUUGUAGUUGCGUUACAUGUUGAAACUAUUUAGCAAAAAUAACGCUUUUUGUAAAUAUAUUAAUCGUAUUGCUCAAAUGCAUAUUUUGUGAAAUCGUUUUUUGCGCACUUUUUGCUAUUUUGUAAAUAUAUUAUAAUAAAUUAUUUAUUAACAUAAAAUAAUGGGAAACGAGAGAAAUUUUGUUUCGUCGUGUUUAGCUACUUACGACACUUGUAAAUUUUAUAUAAGGUAGCAUUCGAUAACAAAAUUAUUGGCCCAAUAAAGUUGGUAUACCAAAUGCACAAUUAUAUUAUACAACUUAUAUUUGUGGAUAUAAGCACUCGUAUAUUAAGAUAUUUACCUGACUUACAUAAAUUUAUUUACUAAAUAACUUAUAACUGACGCACCAAUAGAUUAGAUCAUUGCAAUAUUAUCUUAAUGACACCUCGUAUGUAAAGUGAAAUCUCGAAACAAUUAUAUUUACUUUCUAUAUUUCUCUCAAACGUGGAUUUUAAAACAAUUCAAUUAUAAUAUUAUUCUUAAAAUUAAUUAGUCUCUCUUCUGAUAUUCCACGUAUUUAUGAGAUCUUCUCAAUAUGAAUGAAAUCUGUUUUGAUCUGGGGACUUCAAUAAAUUAAUUUCAAAUAUUCAAAUAUAAUAAAAAGAGUUUCAUAUACGAGUAUUAAGGGUUAAUGCAUUUAAUAAGAACUCUACUUAACUUAUUUCAAACUUCCUAAACUCAUUUUAUUCCCUAAUUAUGUCUAUCAUCUACUCUUCUUAAUAGGAUUGUUUUUUCAAUUCAUAACAUUUUAUUUGAUCUCUACGAAUAAGUUGUAUUUAAUAGUUUAGAAUUAGAAGCUUAAUGUGGUUAGAUACAGUUUCAGCAAUAAUUUUAUGUGAUUCAACUGUUCAAAGACUGAUGUUUAACUCUGUGUGCACUGAAGCUAUGUUUUCAUUUCGAUCGAUGUUUACUUCUUUUGCUAUGUGUUAAUGCUUAUUGUAAAAAUGUAAAGCAGUAUCGUAGCGUUUGUUUUGAAUUGAUGUAAAAUAGUGUAAGGUCCAUUCUUUGUUUGGACGUUUUGUGAAAAGUCCGAUUUCAUGAAAUGCCUACGAAGUUUUAUUUAGUACAUAAGCUUGUAUUUAUUUAAGGAAGAUAUGUUCAAGAUAUAAUUGUUGUAAUCCCAUCGCCGUAGCCUGUGUUAGUAACAUCAAGUCCUCUAGUUUCCAGCUUGUGUCGCGUCUUUAAAAUAGUGUAACUUUAAAAUUACGAAAAAUAAUGGCCUGUUCGUUGAGACUGAUUUUCUAAAACUUAACUCUUAAUAUUAUUCGUUUUUGCUCGAUCGAUGUAUGAGUACUGUCUUUGAUUUAAGACCGAUUUUUCAAUGUUCUGGUUACUAGUAGAUAGCCUCGUAGCUAUAACUCCUCAAGCGAAACGCAUAACACCUAAAUAUCUAGAAUAUCUAUACGCCAGAUUUUAUUUGUAAUGGCGAGGCAUCUCUCCGUAGGCACCCAUAUUUAUUUUAAUUCUACUUCUAACAUGUUUCUGUGCCUUCGUCUGUCAAACUUGUACAUUGACAAUUAGUAAAUUGACCACUGCAGUUCGUACGGGAAUGAUAGUUAACUGCUGCGCUUAGAGUUAAAAAGGGAAAAGGGCGGGCAGUGUGGGUGGUGUCACAUUAACUGGCAUGUACUAACGUAUGAAAUGGUCUCCUCCAGAAUUUAUAGAGCUUGAAUUGACAAAUGAUUGCGUUCCGACUUCAAUAAAAUAUCCACCGAAAACACCUAGUAUAUAAUUGUCACUGUACGACUUUAUAUUAUAUUUAUAUAUAAAUAUGUUAGUAAUUUUACAUUCUAUUUUCCAUAACGACGUAAGGAGCCAUUAUUACAGUAAUAAAUUAGAAAAAAAUAUAAUUCUAUUGUAUUGUUCAGCCUUCAUAAAAAACUGCAAAUGUCGCAUUCGGAAGUAAUAAUUUAAACAUUAAAAUCGCUUUUCCAAAGGCAAUUUUUUGCAGUAAUUUUUUACGAUGGCAAUAUUGGAUAAAUUAGUGACGUAGGCAAGUUUGGUUGAUAUAUCUGUAUAGAAUUGUGUUGUAGAAGCAUCGUGAGAGCACCCAAUUAUUGUAAGCAAUAUGUUAACGCAAGGUCAGAGUGUUCUGUGAUUGUUGAGCGGCUCAAAAAUACCCGAUUUGACAGUUCAGUGUUGUAACACACAAAAAUGCGUUACUUUUUGUAUAAGUAUUUUGUACAAAAAUAUUUCUUACAUUUUGAAAAUACGAAAAAUGGUAGAUACACGUAAACAAUAAAUACAGGUCAAUAGACACUACGCGUUUUUAUUACUUAUUACAAUGCGAUGCAGACUUCAGACCAGAAUUACUUAGAAUGCGUGUACUGAAGAUUGAAAACAGAUUUUUUCGGGAUAAAGUCCCGCUUUAUAUUUUCUUCAUGUAGCUUAUAGCAUUCGGGAGUAAUUAUUCUUCCUAUAUGUGAAAAAAAAAACAACAAAAUUGGUUAGUGCUGAGAUUAGCGCGUUCAAA